CAUACUUAUCUAUUUGGUUAAAAUUAGAUGUUUAUACAUUCAGUCGUUAUGUUAGUGAGUGAUUAUCCUGAUGGAAUAAUUACAAACUUUACUUGGACAGUUAUUAGAAUGACUAUAGCCAAUACGAUUGAUACAAGCCUAGAUUAUUAAGAUUAAAUAUAUUCUGCUGCUGUGUUCUUAUCAUUAUGUCUCUGCAUUUAUAUUAAAAAUGUUCACUUACGCAAGGCUUACAUGUUCUCAAUAAGAGACAGCUAAUGGGGUACUAAUUUAUAAUAACCUAACUUAAAGAGGUUUUAUUACCAUAAUUAAUAUCGAAGCCAACUUUCAUUUUUACAUGCAAUGAAGAGAAAUAACAAUUUUAGAUUUCUAGAAUGAUUCAAAUGCAUUUCUUAAUGAAUGUUGAAAAUCCUUUGCUACAUUUCUUGAGAAAUUCAAGAGUUGGAAGUAAAACUUUAGAAUAAUAUAUUUGGGAUAGAACUAAAUAAAGAAAAAAUACUUCAAUAAGAUAUACUAUGGAAAAUUUAAGUAUUCAUUAUAAUAAAAAAUAAUAAUCAAUCACUUUUUCUGAAUGUCUUUUAGAUACUGUGACAUUUAUACUUGUAAUUGAUUCAGAAGAUAAAAACUUUAUUGAAUUAAGGAAAAAGCAAUAUAGUAUACAAGAACAACAUACAAAUCAAAUACUAAAGGUAUUUAAAAGUUAAUAAAAUAUAAUCAAAAGAGGAUUAAAAGAAAAAAAUUUUGAAUUAAUUUUUGAUUUAAGCAUCGCAUUAGUAUAAAUGAUCUAAAGAUGUCAAUUAAAUAAAAUUUGUUUAAGAUUGGUGAAUCUAACAAAUUUAAUAGAUUAUAUAAUCAAAUUAUUUUAAUCUUAAGAAAGAACAGAAUAUGAUUUCAAAUGCAAAUAAAAUAUCUUAUUGUUAACAAUCUAACCCCUUUUAAUAUCAUAUUUAUUAUAUUUAUUUUAGAAUACAAGAUAAUUUAAUCAUAUCAUAAUUGAGUUAUCUAGGAUUAAUGGAUAGGUUUAACUUCAAAUAUUAGGACAAUUAUAAAAACAAAUAGAUUCAUUUUAUGAAUAAGCAGAAAAAAUCUUAAUUAAAAAAAAAAUAUUAAUACAACCUUGUAAUUAAGUUUAUUUUUAUAUAGAUACUAUACUUAUAUUUAAUGAAUCUCCAAUGCUGUCCUUUAAUUCUACUCUGAUAUCUUAAAAAUAUAUAUGA